GGGGCCCGGAUGGAGCCGGCCGCGCCAGCGCGCAAGCACCGCCCGCCGCGGCCCGGCCAUGGCACCGCCCGCCGCCCGGCUGGCCCGGCUCUCCCGCACCGUCUCCUUCAGCGCCUGCCACCGCCUGCACAGUAAAUCACUGAGUGAUGAAGAAAACCAGAAGCUGUUUGGAAAAUGCAACAAUCCAAAUGGCCAUGGACACAACUAUAAAGUUAUAGUCACUGUGCGUGGAGAGAUUGACCCAGUCUCAGGAAUGGUUAUAAACCUGACAGACCUGAAAGAAUAUAUGCAGGAGGCAAUCAUGGAACCGCUUGACCACAAAAACCUGGAUAAGGAUGUGCCAUACUUUGCUGAGGUUGUGAGCACCACCGAGAACGUUGCAGUAUUCAUCUGGGAAAACCUCAAGAAGCUCCUGCCUGUGGGAACUCUUUAUAAAGUCAAAGUGUAUGAAACAGACCAGAACAUUGUCGUUUACAAAGGAGAAGAAACAAUCUCUGAGAAGUGAAAUGGGCUUCAGCCCAACUGGUCAGAAACUCUGCUGCAUAAUCAGAUCAGUGGAUUACUUCAACCCUGCUCGCUGUAUUUCCUACAUCUGGCUAUUGGUUAUUAUUACAUAAGGACAAGAAUUCUUGCAGCAAUCUAGCAGUUUGGGUUCUCAGAAUUUGUUGAUUUGUUUGCUUUUUCUCAAGACAUUCCUGCUUUGCCAACCCUAACUGCCAAGCUGAUGUGAAAUUUACAAUUCUGCCAUGUUAAAUAAAGCAGCUUUCUAAAGAGGAGGCAGCCUGGCAAAGUGUAUAUCCUGUCCAGUCACAAAAGGCUUUGAUUUUUCUCUAAUUAGACAUUGGAUUCAUUUAUGAUUUUUAAUAGCUUGGGCUUUGGUGUUGUUUUGCUUCUUGAUCAAAUAGAGAAACAUUCUGGAGAAUGAGGACUACACAAUUCGCUUUUUUCAUUUUUCUUCUUUUUUUUUCUUAUUCCUGUGCUACAGGCUCAUUUCUUUUUGCGGCUAGCUGGUAUUUCUCCAUGUAAGGAAAUGGUAUACUAAGCAAUAUCUCUUGCUACAGGAGACUUUCCAUUCUGCAUCUGAUCAUGGACAGCUGAAAUAGGGGAGAACCUGUGGUACCUUGAGUCCAUAUCCACUUGAAGCCCCCUGAAAGCUUGUUGGCACAAGUAGCCAGAUCAAGUGUGGUUUUCUUAGGGAAGUUUUGAGUUCCAUAGGAACAGGAUCAAACUCUGUCCUUUCAUCUUUCUGGAGAAAGCAGUCUGCUCAGGUUUGUGCUGUGAUGAUCAUCAGUUACUUGGUAUUUUCAUCAUCAGAAUGCGACAUUGGGAAGGCCUUGUAGAGAAAAGAAGCACUUGGUAUGCAUCAGUCAUCAGGGCUGCAGGUUUCUGCUGUCACUUGCAGAUUAGGAGAUGCAACAGUGUUUGGCAUAGGUUGUUACAAAAGGAUGAGGCUGUGUGAUGAGUUUAAAUGAACACUAACCAGGUUAUUCUGAAGAUUCCUGAAAUUGUAGGCAUACUGUGAAAGCUAAGUGCUGGAAAGGGAGUGCAUGUAAAACCAGUUAGGGAACAGUUG